AUGAACGCCGAGGCAUAUUUGCGCAAGCAAGGCUGGCAGGGCUCAGGUCACUCGCUCGAUCAUACCGGGCGCGGCAUUAAGAAGCCGCUGCUCAUCACCCACAAGAAUGAUCAGCUGGGGCUCGGCAAGAAAAAGGCGGCGCAUACGACGGAUGACCAGUGGUGGCUACGUGCAUAUGACCAGAGUCUGCAAACAAUUGGCACAGGAAAAGAUAGCACCCUCGACCAGGUCCGUACUCAGGGCAUCAACCGCGGCGGUCUAUAUGGCUUCUUCGUAAAAGGCGAACAGAUCGAGGGUACUAUUGGGGACACAUCAGCCACCACAACGGACGUCUCAAACCCUCCAUCCGGUACCAGCACGCCGCCAACCUCCGCAUCCGAAACCGAAGCAUCUGCGCCGUCCAAGAAGACAACGGAUAAGAAGAGCAAGCGCAAGCGGGAAGAGUCAGAUGCCAAGGCAAGCAAGAAGAGUAAAAAGGCGGACGCCAAGGGCACUGAGCAGGAUGUCAUGGCCAAGAAGCUUUCCAAGUUGAAGCCUGCAGAGAGGGCCGACUACGAAGCACGCGCAGUAGCAAAGGGACAGUCGCUCGAGCAAUACGUCCUCCGUCGCAUCCAGAAGAAGACCGAAAAGAACGCACCAGAGCCUGUGGGACCAACGUCGGUGCCUGGUGUCUUCUUCACAGACCUUGAAGGCAAUCCAGAUCUCGCAAACGGCGUUGCAGACAAACAGCCCAAGGAGAACAAACCAGCGAAAUCGGGCGACAGAGCGGAAAAGCCGGAGAAAGCGGCCAAAGACAAAAAGCAAAAGAAGUCGGACAAGAGGGAGAAGAAGUCUAAGAAGACAGAGAAGAAGGAAUAA